ACUCAGUUAUGUAAUACGAUAAUAGCGUUAACAUUAGAUGUGAUGGCUUACUUUCCGCUUUAAAAGGUCGUCCGUGAUAUUUUCUUUUCGGUCUUUAACAUAUUUGAUGCAUCAUGUCAGAUGGCUCCGUAUUUCUUGCCUUUUUAUCAAUUUCCUCGGCAAAAAUUGCAUUCUUAGCUUAUUGUAGACGUAAAAAACUCCAACAGUUUGAACAAAUUGGGACAAUUAAAUCAAUAAACCAGUUUCCUGUUAAAUCUGGUGGUCCAAUACACCUUGACACGGCAAAAUGUACAAUUACAGGAUUACAUUACAACAACAUUACAGACAGACACUGGAUGGUUAUACGACGGGAUGGAGCUUUUUUGUCUGCCCGAAAGGAACCAAAACUGGUUUUGAUAAAACCAUCAUCAGAUAGUGACAAUCUUCUUCUCGAUGCACCAGGGAUGCCAACUUUAGUCUUGCCAAAAUGCCCACCCAUCGACAAAAAUUCAAAGUUGAUAAAAUGCAGAGUUUGGGACGACUAUAUAACUGGUUUAUAUUGUGGAGAGGAUGCGGAAAGUUGGAUAGCUAAAUAUCUUGGUUAUGACGGACCUUCGAUAGUUGUCUCUACACCAUCCAUGGAAAAAAGAGAUAGCUCUUUAGUAUUUAAAGAGUUUGGUAAUCCCGCUGUUGAAGGAGAUCUGAGUGCCUUUGCCGAUUUCGGUGCUUAUAUGAUAUUAUCACAAGCAUCUUUAGACGAUCUCAAUACAAGACUAGAGAAGAAAGUUACAAUGACGAGAUUUAGACCGAACAUUACUAUAGACGGCUGUGGUCCAUACGACGAGGACAACUGGGCAGAAAUGAAAAUAGGCAAUUCAGUGUACAUGAGGUUGUUAGAUUUGUGCGGUAGAUGUAUCUUAACAACAGUUGAUCCUGCAACGGGAGAAAAAGAUACUAAAAGACAACCCCUAGAAACUUUAAAGUCUUACAGGCUCAUAACGGAGGAUAUUGUUCCAUUUUUUGGAGUGAAUGCAGCUAUUGACAUAGAGGGUGAAAUUAAUGUUGGUGACCCAGUGUAUGUGAUAAGGAAGUAGGAAUGUUACUGCAAAACAAUCACCAUAGAAUACUCGAAGUCACUUACUCAAGACUACAAGUAUGCACUCAGGAUAAACGUUGUGUAACUUCUAAGAAUAACAACAAUAAUGUUACAUACGACACAAGUUAAUAAAUAAUUACAGCCGUUCCAAUUUGUAUCUUUUGUCUGAUAA